AUGUCCAAAUACCCUUUUGAUUUACGCCUUUUCACCGCCCUCGCCGCACACCCGCACUUCCGAAACCAGCGGCCAGUGCCACUCAGCAUCUGCUCGGCUGCUCCUCCAAGGCUCCAACAGGCAACGGCGACGGCAUACCAGUUGUUUGCCGACGAAUCUCCGACUCUGCCCUGUGACCUCCUCCUUCGAAUCCAACCUCCUCCUUGGCCCCUUCGACUCCGCAGCAGCCAGCAGCCACUGUUCGCAUAA